GCCGCCCCUCCUCGGACUAUUCCGAAAGUCAGGGCGAGGAAGUGCAGCGUUGCCCCAGCAGAACGUGCGCAGGGCCUGCGGGGCUUCCCUGAAGUUCCGAGUCCUGUCAGAGCUGAGGAGAAACUAGGAGGAGAGGCAGCCCCGGCCCGCCUCAGCGCCCCAAGACCUCCCUUCAGGGGCCUCUGAGAGCCGUGACGGAAGCCCGCGUUUCUGUGAGAGGAAGUGGGCGGAGACGGGCGCCGCCCUGCGCGUUGCAGCUGUGCGGGCAGCCCCGGGCUCCCGAGGAAGGCGUGUCUCCGCCUCUCCCGCCCUCCCGAGUCCGGGCGUGUCCCUGGCUCUCCCGCCUUCCCGAGUCUGAGGCGACGCGGCUGCGCAGGAAUUGAAGAUGAGCAAACCUAUAACACCAUCAACAUAUGUGCGCUGCCUGAAUGUUGGUUUAAUUAGGAAACUGGCAGAUUUUAUUGAUCCUCAAGAAGGUUGGAAAAAGUUAGCAGUAGCUAUUAAAAAACCGUCUGGUGAUGAUAGAUACAAUCAGUUUCACAUAAGGAGAUUUGAAGCAUUACUUCAGAUGGGGAAAAGUCCUACUUCUGAAUUACUGUUUGACUGGGGCACCACAAAUUGCACAGUCGGUGAUCUCUUUGAUCUUUUGGUCCAAAAUGAAUUUUUUGCUCCUGCAAGUCUUUUGCUACCAGAUGCUGUUCCUAAAACCAUUAGUUCUAGAGAAGGUGCAGUAGUUCAGCAGACACAGAUACUUCUCUCUGACAAAAAUAGGACAUCUAUGAUACCUGUGCAAAAUGUUGAACGCAACCAUAUGCCAUCUGAUACCUCAAAUCCAGAAAAAGGAAGUUUAGAAAUGAAUGAUACAUGUUUUUACAGUUUUUCAUUUUAUGAAUUGAAGAAUGUCACAAAUAACUUCGAUGAACGACCCAUUUCUCUUGGUGGUAACAAAAUGGGAGAGGGAGGAUUUGGAGUCGUGUACAAAGGCUUUGUGAACAACAGAGCCGUAGCAGUGAAGAAGCUUGUUGCAAUGGUUGACAUUAGUACUGAGGAACUGAAACAACAGUUUGAUCAAGAAAUAAAAGUAAUGGCAAAGUGUCAACAUGAAAACUUAGUAGAACUGCUUGGUUUCUCGAAUGAUGGAGAUGACCUCUGCUUAGUAUAUGUUUACAUGCCAAAUGGUUCAUUACUAGACAGACUGGCUUGCUUGGAUAAUACUCCACCACUUUCAUGGCACAUGAGAUGCAAGAUUGCUCAGGGCUCAGCUAAUGGUAUCAGUUAUUUACACGAAAACCACCAUAUUCAUAGAGAUAUUAAAAGGGUCAUCUUCUUUUCUGAAUCAUCUUUAUCCUCCAUAGUUUCUUUUAAGAUACAGAAGUGGAACUCUUUAACAGAGACACGGAUUUGGAGCAGAAAGAAUUCUGAACUUCUUACAUACAGUGCAAAUAUCUUACUAGAUGAAGCCUUUACAGCCAAAAUAUCUGACUUUGGACUUGCACGGGCUUCUGAGAAAAUUGCCCAAACUGUCAUGACUAGUAGAAUUGUGGGAACAACUGCCUAUAUGGCACCUGAAGCUCUUCGAGGAGAAAUAACACCUAAAUCUGACAUCUACAGUUUUGGCGUAGUUUUACUAGAAAUAAUAACUGGACUUCCAGCUGUGGAUGAUCAUCGUGACCCUCAGUUAUUGCUAGAUAUUAAGGAAGAAAUUGAAGAUGAAGAAAAAACUAUAGACGAUUAUAUUGAUCAGAAGAUGAAUGACAUUGAUUCGUCUUCCAUUGAAAGCAUGUACUUUGUUGCUAGUCAGUGUCUACAUGAAAAGAAAAAUAAGCGACCAGAUAUUACAAAGGUUCAAGAGCUACUGCAAAAUAUUACAGCACCUUAAGACUUGGAAACUCUUUUAAAUCUUUUUAUGAACUUUUUUGUACAUUUUAUGGUUUGCCUUUAUCAAGAAGCAUAGUGCAGUACGAUGAUCAUUGAAACUUGUAUAGCACCCCCAA